AUGACAGCUGAUAGUACACAUUCAAGUACAAAUGAACUAAAUGGAACACCACAGUCCAAUAAACCAUUAUGGAAUAGUAAUUCUGGACAACAAACUCCUUUAAUAUCAAAUAAUAAAAGUCCAUUUCAAAAUGAAACAACCACGCCAUCAACGACAACGACAUUAACUGCAACAGCUUCAUCAUCAGCAGUAUCGUUAUCAACAUCCUCAACAACAUCAUCAACAUCAACCUCAACAUCAACAUCCGCAACUUCAUCAUCGACAUCAACAACAACAUCAUCAACCUCAACAUCAUCAACUUCAUCAUCAACAUCGUCAUCGUCAUCAUCAACAUCAACAUCAACAACAUCAUCAACCUCAACAACAACAUCCUCAACUUCAUCAUCGACAUCAACAACAACAUCAUCAACAUCGUCAUCAACAACAUCAUCAACCUCAACAACAACAUCCUCAACUUCAUCAUCGACAUCAACAACAACAUCAUCAACAUCGUCAUCAACAUCAACAUCAUCCUCAACUUCAUCAUCAUCAUCAACAUCAACAACAACAUCAUCAACCUCAACAACAACAUCAUCAACUUCAUCAUCGACAUCAACAACAACAUCAUCAACAUCGUUAUCAACAUCAACAACAGCAUUAUCAACAAUAGCUGGUCAGUGA